GGCUUCUCGACUGUUCGUACAAGUUGGCACCUACUAUAAGGCAUCAGACACUAUGGCCGAUCUUUUGGGGGUUGCUAUUGCGGCUUCUGGAUUGUUGGAAACUGCAAUCCGCGAAUUCAAACGAGUUCGCAAGGCCUACGAACACGAGCAGAGCCUUACAGAGGCUCUCAACAAGCACACUGUCGAGCUCACAAACUUACUUGCCAUUGUCCACAUGAUCGAGGAUGAAGAUGCGUUGCAGACAACAGACCUGGUCCCAGAACUGGCCAAGCUCCAAGCGGUUGGGGCAAAGCUUGUGCAGCACUUGAAGACACUUGAUCGGGGAGGUAAAGGUUCGGUGCAUCAACUAGCCCAACAGCUCGUGCGUGAGUCGAAAGAUGAGAAGAUACUUGCGGAUAUCAUGAAGGAGCUCGAUCAUGCAAAAUCCAAUAUCUGCCUGCGUAUCCAGCUUGCCGUUGUCGGAUUGACCUCCAAGACUGCCGGCACUGUUCUUGCCAAUGCUGAUGUCAUUCAUCGAAUUGAUCGUCUUCUUCUGCAAGUCAUUGGAGAGGGCCGGACACCGCAAGAUGACGGCUUGGUGCCUCCGAGCAAAGCCGAAGGUGCCUCUCUAAGCGAGGAAGCAGCCGGUGCCACGGAUCCAAAAGCUGCUGCAGGUUCUCGUCUUGAUGACGAAACUAUUCACUACGACAUCAUGAAUAACUGUGUUGAAGGCGAGGCUAUCCAGGUACUUGGGCAAGUUGGGGAAGACAAGGGGAUGAACCGCCGUGUCAACAUCCAGAAUAACAGACUCUCUGGUCGGGCCGUCCAAAUCGUAUCGCCCAUCGACUUUGAAACAUUGAAAUAUCUGCUUGACCGCCAAAAGAGUGAUGCGGUCGGAGUCCAACUCGACAAACGCGACAGCAAAACCGAUAAAGCCGGCGGCACAGAUUCUCGGUCCUAUCGGCAGCGUCAACCAGACUCGGGGCAUUCUCGGAUACAUGACGAGGUUUUGGAGAAUCUUGCAAGAAGACAAGUCAGUUUCUCAGCCGACUGGGAGCUCCCCAAGGUGAUAUUGAAAGGCUCCAAAGAGCGCACCGUAAGCCGUGAACUGCUCGGCGCGACUCUUACCCUAGUCGGCUCCGUUGGUAACUGCCGGCCAUACACCUGCGAGGAAUAUAUGUCUCAGCACUGGCCCGAGAUAUUCUCGUACAUUCUUGCCGCCGUUGCAGACGCUGUCAAGCACAUGGUUGAGGGCGGAACUUCAGAGGCACCAUCACCCCAGGUUUGGACUACCAAGAGCUACGGGGCAUGCGAAAUAAAAAUGUUGGCAUCCAAGACGGAGGCCAAGAUACAGGUUCGGGGAAGCGACAAGUUUGUGGCGGCUGCUGUCGACGCAGUUGCGUGGCUCUGUGCAGCAGUGAGGGUCCGGCCUCGUGAAGGUGUGAUGCUGUCUGAUGUGCAGCUCCACGACGACGGCAAUAUCCAGCUUCUACCUCUAAAAGCUGUGGCCGCCAGUAAUGCGGACUGCUGGCACGAGCUUUUCAAGGCUGCGGUUAUCACGACGGCGCCUUCCACGACCGCACAUUAUGCAUCCAGCAGAGAAGAAGGCAGGGGGCUGGAGUUGUCGUUCGAUGAUAUGGCAUAUCUCGCUGGCAUUGUGGUCCGACUUGAGAUCGGCCACUUCACAGUGCUGGUUGGCCAUUCAACGCUGCUCAUUCCCGUCAAGCAACUCGAGGCAGGCAUACAGUGGCACUUGGAGCUUUGGGAGAGCAGCAAGAGCGGAUUGGUCUCAGCCCUAGAGAGGCAAAAGGAUUGGGUCAUCCUGAACAUGGAUGAUCUUCGAACGGAAAAGGCAUUCCUUGGCUGGAAUAGCUCGACAAUUCCGGUUCAAACUCUCUUGAGCACUGACAGAGCAUCCUACAGCCUCACUGCUUCGGCGGCCGAGGCGAAACCUCUUUGGUUCAGCGACAACACGCAAAUACAGGGUGGUUUACAAGGCGGCUUCAGAGUUUUUCUGUUUAUUUUCAACAUUACACAACAAUUCCAACGUUGGGGAGGGGAGAGGAUACGGUUCAAUCUUGACGGGGACGCUGAUUUCAACCAUGUGAUUGAUCGCGCAGAGAGAAGAACCGCUGUCUUGUACGACACUAAUGAGAACGAGAGACGAGGCUGGAUGGUGGGUCGACUGGACUUCCUCCACCACGCGGUUAUUGCGCGGCUCAGGCACCAGAAUAAUCCUAUCGCCGACCCGUACGCGGAGACGACACAGAGAAAAAGGGAAAUACUGGAAGCUGAGAAGGAAACAAUAGUUGGAGGAAGGCCGCUCAAAGCGUUCGUCGUGGGCCUGGCCACCGUUCUCAACAUAAUGACGGAAACAUUGGAGAGGAAAAGGCGGCGUCGAGGCAAGACACGAGGGGUCGAUUUCAGGGAAUUGGUAUUAGCGGAUAAUGAAAGGACCAUCCAAACUCGCAAAAUGGUUCUUGCAAAAUCCAGCGGCGGGUGGGAACUCAUUGUGAAGCACUCAUGGGUUAUCUUUUGCGACGGCUUUGGGGAGGUCAUCCGGCCGGCUGGCGCAGGGAACUGCGCCAGAGAGUCUCUUCCCAGAAAUCAUUGCUACCUUGCAGCAAAGGUAGACUGUCUUCAGGAAAUUGCUGAUGAUGACUGGAGCAACAGAGAGAACGCCACGUUGGAGGGCAUCAAAGAGAAGUUAAAACGGUCUAGCAGAACUUUAGGGGACUGCGGCAACCUGGGCUGCAGAUGCGUAGUGCUGCGAGCCUUGAACGAAGAAUCAGGGGACUACGCACGGGCUCAAGAAAACAGCGCCGUGGUCUUUGGAUGGCCUGAAGACUGAAUAUUAGAAAGGCUGAAGACUUGUCUAAAUCCAGAAUAGAAAAGUGUGGCGGAGCGCGGAUUGAUAGCUAAAGAACAGUUCUAUUGUCGAGAAAACUCUGCUUAAGAGCUUGUCUAUAUACGGCCAGGCACGUAAUCGAGCACAUAACUAAG